UAUAUAAUAUAUCACUGAGCCGGAGAUUUGUACAAUCCCCAUGCAUGCAUGGCUGCUUUACAAGUGUAGAGAGACACUUUAUUCGUUCUCAACUAAUUAUCAAUUCCAUAGUCAAAACAUACCUGACUUGUGUUUCUGACUCUCUGUAAUUCACUUUAAACGGGCACACCAUGCAUAAACUAUACAAAGACUGCAGAGGAAGCUAGAACCAAACUAGAGUGCCGAAAGUUUUUUUUUUUAAUUAUUUGCAUCAUCACUAAGCUAUUGUGUUAACCAUUUACCAACAUAUUUCACAUACAAGUUUUGCAGAUAUAUACUAUCUCGUUCUUGUAGAAUAAGCUCCAGAGACUACAAGAUAACAGUUUACCCAGUGCACGCAUCACACAAAACGAACAACCAUGUGACAAAUUACAGCUAUAAUUACUUCUAAAGUAUACUUUCCGCUUCUACAAAUUAUAUUCAUACUUAAAAUCAGAAUUUGUGAGCAUAUAAUUUUAGUUUUAUGGAUUGAGCUAUCAAACGGUUACGAUAUAACAAUCAUCCACUAAUGAAACACCUUAUUAUUUCUGUAAUUGGAUUGCAAAUCUCAAAGGGCAUGGAUUAAUCAUAUCUCCACGUUAACUAUUUCAACCAUUGUAUUGUAAUCCCACUAUUUAUUCAAGUUAUAAAGUCUUUGAUUUGUUGAGAGCAUAUUACCAAAAUUCUAUAUCAGGAAAAUCAUCCAGCAAUUUUUUAGUAAUCCAGCCAAAAGUAAGUGUAUGUGAUACGUCAGUUGAUUCCACCAACCAACCCAAGAAGCGCAUAGAAAGCCCAUGAGCCAACGGCUCAUCACGUGAGACCCCGCACAAGCAUCCACGAGACUUUACCGUUGAAGAACGUCAAAGUCUAGAAUCCUAUGCUUCAACCACAUUUAUACUACGGUGGGUCCACCAUAUAUUGCCACGUGUACAAAAACAAUUCGUUCUCGCGUAUUUGUAUCUUGUCGGCAUACUUAUAUCAACCGUUAGAUCUCGAUCGCGCCAAAAAAGGAAAGGGGUACUUUCGUAAUUGUAAACGAAUUAUAUAAAUUAAAAUAAUUAAAGUGAAAAAAAUGCGCUGGAAAAGACAGAACUUCCCAAGUGAUUUGUUUCCCUCGUUGUCUGAAGAAAGGAACAUCCUCCUCUCAGAUUAUUUUCCCGAGAAAAUUUAGGAAAGAAAGAGAGAACCAAACCCCGAGACAAAGAUCUCUUCGCCGUCCUCAAGAUGGCGGAGGAUUUCGCAAGGGCGGUGGAAGAUGGUCUCAAACUCGCGAAACGCAUUUAUCUCGGAAACGACCGUGCCGUCGCGGCGCCGAGGCUAGCGGCGCCGAUGGAGAGAACCUCCACGGUGCAUGCCUACCUUCCUUCGUCCCCCAUGGUCUACGCGGUUAUACCCGACCCGGGAAUCGUGGAUAACCCGGACCUACCUAGCUACCAGCCUCACGUGCACGGCAGGUGCGACCCACCGGCUCUGAUUCCUCUCCAGAUGAACGCUAUCGAGCUAGACGUCGAUUGUUACCUCGACACGGCUCUUGUAACCGUCACCGGAACGUGGCGUGUCCACUGCGUCAUGGGAAGCAAGAGAUGUGAUUGUCGUAUUGCUGUUCCUAUGGGAGAAGAACAUGGUUCGAUUCUAGGUGUAGAGGUCGAGAUUACUAGAAAGUCUUACGCAACGCAACUGAUCGCGGCUCAAGAUGGUAACGAGUUGGAGAAAACGACGCAAACUCAAAGUGGAGGGUUCUUGAAACCAAACAUAUUCACUCUCACUGUACCACAGGUUGAUGGAGGUACCAACCUCUCUAUCAAGAUGUCUUGGUCACAGAAGCUGACGUAUAAGGAAGGAGAGUUCUUCCUAGACAUUCCUUUUAACUUUCCUGAGUAUGUGACUCCUGCUGUAAAGAAAAUCUCCAAGAGGGAGAAGAUUUACUUGAGUGUUGAUGCCGGAACCGGAACAGAAGUUAUUAGUAAAGGAUGCAGUCAUCAACUUAAGGAGAAAGUGAGGAAUGCUGGGACGUUGAGGUUUUCAUAUGAAGCAGAUGUUUUGAAAUGGUCAAAUACAGACUUUAGCUUUUCUUGCACGGCCUCUUCAAGUAAUAUAGUUGGUGGACUUUUUCUUCAAUCUGCGCCAGUUCACGAUGUAGAUCAGAGAGAUGUAUUCUCAUUCUACCUUUUCCCAGGAAAGCAGCAAAAAAUUAAGGCAUUCAAGAGGGAAGUUGUGUUUGUUGUUGAUGUAAGUAAAAGCAUGACUGGUAAACCUCUAGAGGAUGUAAACAACGCGAUAUCUACAGCUCUAUCUAAGCUUAGUCCUGGAGAUUCCUUUAACAUCAUCACUUUCAGCGAUGAUACUUCUCUGUUUUCGACCUCGAUGGAGUUGGUUACUCCAGAUGCUGUUGAAAGAGGCAUUGAGUGGAUGAACAAGAACUUUGCUGUCUCUGAUGGUACAAACAUGCUCCCUCCUCUAGAGAAGGCUGUGGAAAUGCUUUCGAAUACACGUGGCUCGGUUCCUAUGAUCUUCUUUGUAACAGAUGGGUCUGUUGAAGAUGAGAGACACAUAUGUAAUGUAAUGAAGAAACGUCUUGCUAGUGGUGGAUCAGUGUCUCCACGGAUACACACUUUUGGGCUAGGUGUAUUCUGUAAUCACUACUUCCUGCAAUCGCUUGCAAAUCUAUCUAGGGGCCAACACGAAUCAGUUUAUAAUACAGAUCAUAUCGAGGAACGGUUAGACAAAUUGUUUACAAGGGCUUUAUCCACUGUUCUUUUGAAUAUAACGAUUGAGCCUCUGCAGGUUCUUGAUGAAGUUGAGGUAUGCCCUUCAAACAUUCCUGAUCUAACGUCUUCAAGUCCGUUGAUGAUAUAUGGGAGAUACAGAGGAAAGUUCCCUGAGAAUGUGAAAGCCAAUGGUCUGCUAGGAGAUUUUAGCAGCUUUUCUGUGGAGUUGACUGUACAAAGUGCAAAAGACAUGCCUCUUGAUAAAGUGUUUGCAAAGAAUGUGAUUGACUUGCUUACUGCUGAGGCAUGGUUCUCGGAAGACAAACAGCUAAUAGAAAAGGUUACUAAACUAAGCAUCCAAACCGGUGUACCAUCUGAGUAUACUAGAAUGAUCCAACUGGAGAACACAGAAGAAGCAUCAAAACAAAGUGACACUGGAGGAAAGAAAAAGACAGCGAGCAACGGCGAGAAACAAAAGCUGAUAUCAAGAACAAUCCCACUGCAAAAAUUUAGUAUAGGCUUUGGUGAUAUAACAGCUACAAGAGAGAAUGUUCCACCAGGAUAUGGAGAGCAGAGAGCACCUGAUGCUGCUGAGAAGUUCGUGAAGGCUGCCUCGAGCUGUUGUGUCUCAUUGUGCAACAAAUGUUGCUGCAUGUGUUGUGUCCAAUGCUGCACCAAGCUCAAUGAUCAAUGUGUCCUUGUCUUCACACAGCUUUUCACAGCGCUUGCUUGCAUCGCCUGCUUUGAAUGUUGCACAAAUGUUUGUUGUGCAUGUGGUGGAGAAGACUAGUUAUAAGAAAAGAUAAAAAAGAUUUUAAGAAGCUUCAAAGUAAGUUUGUACAUUUACGUUACAGACACGACAUGUAAUUUCUGUACGGCCUGGUCAUAUAUAAAAGAUUUACUUCAGGGGAGAAAGUGUAAAGGACAGACAAAUCCAUGUGUUUUUUCUCAACUAGUUGAUUGAUUUCGAUCUAUUAAGCGAUUUUUAUACUGUAAA